AUGGAUGAAUUACAAAAUCAAGAGUGUCGCGAAUUGAUUCACUGUAGAUACGACAAUAAUAAUAAUAACAAUAAUAAUAAUAGUAAUAAUAGUAAUAACAACAGGUUAACGGAAUAUCUUAAUUUGGAUAAUCGUGUAGAUGAUCCACUUCGAGAACCGGAAGUAACUAUGAAUUUAACUGAGGAUUCUGCUCAAUUAUUGCUUCAACCAUUGGAAGAACCAGAAGAGGAUUUAUUUGACUAUGAAAUUGAUAUUUCAUAUCAAGAUGUGAAUACAGAAUCUGAGGAGCAAGUGGUACCAUCCAGUCAACUAAGUAAUAGUUAUAAAUAUCCUGAUGAACUUAUCAUUUCUGACGAUGAGGUAGAUGAAGGCAUAUUUGAAGAUGAACAAGCAUCUCAUUUAGUAUUACCAGAUGACAAUAACAGAUAUAACUCUCAACCUCCAGAUGUCAGACGGUAGUCCUUGCAGACGCGUGAUAACCCUACCGAGGUACCGUUGGCUAAACCGGAAGUGAAGAACACGGGUGUACGGUGUCAGUGCCACGAAAUUGCUCGGGACCUUCUCUACGAGAACGAGAACCGACUGGCAUCGGUCGAAGAUAGUCGCUCGGUUAGAAAAUAAAUUCCUGGACGGCAGGCGGUAUUUCUACAACCAAUUUGAGAUGUUCGUGACCAGGGUACAGGGACGAUAGAGACCUAUCCUCGUCCCCGGGGUCAACGUACUUCCGCAACUGGAAAAAAUACUACGUCGCACAGAUGAGAAGCACCCAGAUCCCCAACAGAUCGCGGUUAUUACGCUGUUAGAAGUAGGGGGUGGCAUCAAGUGCAACACGUUCGAUAUCUAAGUUUCCGUUUCAUGAAUUUCAAAUACUACUCGAAAACUUAUAUUUGCAACGUAUUCAUUUUAUACGAAUCAAGUUUAAUAUCUAAGUUUCGUUUCACAGA